GGGCCCUGCUGGCCAGGCCAGCACCUCGGCCGCCUCCCCGCCCAUGCAGCGAGCCCUGUGAGCCCCCGCGGAGGACGCCCGGCGGGCGGCGUGGCAUGAGCCCGGAGCCUGGAGCCCGGGCCGAGAGCAAGUGGGGAAGAUGUCGAGCCCAGGUAUCGACCGCGACCCCAAGCCACCGUGCUUGCCUCGGAAUGGCCUGGUGAAGCUGCCCAGCCAGCCCAAUGGCAUGGGCACGGCCAGUAUCACCAAGGGCACUCCUGCCGUCAAGAACCGGCCCUGCCAACCACCGCCCCCGGCCGCCCUUCCUCCACCCAGCCUGGCUGUGCCCCUGCCCCGGGCAGCACUGGCAGGUGGCCUGUGCGCAUCUGCGGGGCUCCCCCUCGGAGGAUCAGCCUCAGCCCCCACCUCCACGGCCCUGUCGGAGCGGCCCUCGCUGGUCACAGACGAGAAGAUUCUCAAUGGGCUUUUCUGGUAUUUCUCGGCCUGUGAGAAGUGUGUGCUGGCCCAGGUGUGCAAAGCCUGGCGGCGGGUGCUCUACCAGCCCAAGUUCUGGGCGGGCCUCACGCCGGUGCUGCAUGCCAAGGAGCUCUACAACCUGCUGCCUGGUGGCGAGAAGCAGUUCGUCAGCCUGCAGGGCUUUGCGGCACGCGGCUUCGAUGGCUUCUGCCUGGUGGGUGUCUCGGACCUGGACAUCUGUGAGUUCAUCGACAACUAUGCCCUCUCCAAGAAGGGGGUCAAGGCCAUGAGCCUCAAGCGCUCCACCAUCACCGAUGCCGGCUUGGAGGUGAUGCUGGAGCAGAUGCAGGGUGUGGUGCGCCUAGAGCUCUCCGGCUGUAACGACUUCACCGAGGCAGGGCUGUGGUCCAGCCUGAGCGCGCGCAUCACCUCGCUGAGCGUCAGCGACUGCAUCAACGUAGCUGACGACGCCAUCGCCGCCAUCUCCCAGCUGCUGCCCGACCUGGCUGAGCUCAACCUCCAGGCUUACCAUGUGACGGACACAGCGCUGGCCUAUUUCACUGCGCGCCAGGGCCACAGCACGCACACGCUGCGCCUGCUCUCCUGCUGGGAGAUCACCAACCACGGCGUGGUCAACGUGGUGCACAGCCUGCCCAACCUCACGGCCCUCAGCCUCUCUGGCUGCUCCAAGGUCACCGACGACGGCGUGGAGCUGGUGGCCGAGAACCUGCGCAAGUUGCGCAGUCUCGACCUCUCGUGGUGCCCUCGCAUCACUGACAUGGCCCUCGAGUACGUGGCCUGUGACCUGCAUCGCCUGGAGGAGCUGGUGCUGGAUAGGUGUGUACGCAUCACGGACACAGGCCUCAGCUACUUGUCCACCAUGUCGUCUCUCCGCAGCCUCUACCUGCGAUGGUGCUGUCAGGUGCAGGACUUCGGACUCAAGCACCUCCUGGCCAUGAGAAGUUUGCGCCUCUUGUCUCUGGCAGGCUGCCCGCUGCUGACCACCACGGGACUGUCGGGCCUGGUGCAGCUGCAGGAGCUGGAGGAGCUCGAGCUGACCAACUGCCCCGGGGCCACCCCCGAGCUCUUCAAGUACUUCUCGCAGCACCUGCCCCGCUGCCUCGUCAUCGAGUAGCCGAGGGACCCCGCCCCGCCGAGCCACGGGCCGGGACCGCGGGGUGUCUGUCCGGGAGCCCCGUCCGUCCCCCGCAUCGCAUCCCGUCCGGGCUGGGAGGCGGCGGGCGAGGCCAGCCCACGCACGCACGCACUCUCGGGGACUUUGUGCAUGCCCCUCGUGCCCGCACUGCACGCCCGCCCCCACCCGCCGCCGCCGCCCUCUCCCGCCCGCUGCGCUGUGCUGCGGGCCCGCGGCACCUUGAGUUCGCCCCUGAGACGCCACCCUGAUCGCCUUUCCCGCCACACCCCGCUGUCCUGCUGUCCUGUCCCCCCAUCCCGGGCAGGGCCCGGGGGAUGGAGGGGGCCGGGCCCCCCCAAGACAGGGACCUAGAGGAAGAGCCCCCCCAGGGCUCCCCGCAUCUUCCACUGCGCCAGCGCCGGAGUCCUCGGAGGGGCGCGAGGGGAAGCGGGCCACCGCCAAAGCCAUGACCCACCAGGAGCCCCAGCCCCACCCGCCCAUCCGCACCUGUGCCAGCCAAACCCAAGGAGCCCCCCCCCCGUUACUGGCCACUAUUCAGCCCCCCACUCCACCCGAAGGGCCCGGCCACACAGGACAGAAGUGGGUGGGAGAGGGCUGUGGGCGACAGGGCAUAAGGCCCCGCCGCUCCCCGGGUGGUACAGCCGCACUGAGGGAUCCCAAGUGGAGAGCCUCUCAACCUGGGAGCAGUGUUACGGAGCAUGCAACCAUUCGGACCCACCCUGGCUGCUGGAAGUCUCAUUUUUUUCCCAGCGGCCUACUGUCGUCUGGGCGGUAGCUGGAAGUGUCACCCACCACUUUUGGGGUGAGCAGCAGCCCCACCAUAGUGGCCAGGGCCCCACCCCCGGGACAGGGUUCUUUCUAGCUGCUCCCUCUACUACUCGCCCCCCCCACCUUCCAGUAUCCCAAACCUCGGCAGCAAUCUGUCCAGCCCCAAGGCCUUGGAAGCCCUGUGGGCCGUGGGCACAUCUUGACAGUUGCUGAGGGAGGGACUGGGCCCCCUGUCCACCCCAGCCGUGAGCCCCAAGAGAUUCAGCACUCACUCCCAAUCUUGGGACACUCCCUCACCCCCACACCUGGUUGGAAGAAAGGAACAAGUUUCCAGAGAGCCAGAGAAUGAGAGAGAGAAAGAGUGAGAGAACGAGAGAGAAAGAGAGAGAGAGAGGUGCUGUUGAAGUGGAAACCAUUCAACAGCCCAAAGAUUGCCUUGCCAAGGAGCAGAGGGUCUCAGUCACUCUGGGGCAGGACGGUCAGAAGGAAUCUCCAGCGCCCUCCCUACACUCCCUGCCGGGAGGGGCAGCUGGCCAUUUGUCCAAAGUAUUAAUGCAACCGAAGCUGUGAUAUUUCCAACAACUGGAGGAGGAUAAAUUAAGGGGAGAAGAGAAAACAAGCCCAACCAACCCCUGACAUCAUUUUCUUAUUGUACAUAACGACCUCAUUCUCCUGUAUAUGCGGAAGAUAUAACCUUAUAUUUGGUAAGUGUUUCUUGUGCUAUUUUAUCACGUGACCUGUUUAUAAAAAUAUAUAUUAAAAAAGUUGUAAAAACG